AAGGGCAAGGAGGAGGAGCCCCGCCGAAGAGAGGAACGAUUUACAUGAUUUCUGGGGGGCCAACAGAUGGUGACUCGAACACAUCGAGGAAGGAGCAUGCGCGAGCGGUGAAGAGAAAGAGAGAGGAGGUGGGAAUAACAACGCGUAUGCCAGUAAUAAGUUUUAAGGCGGAGGAUGCCGAGGGGGUAGUUUUACCGCACAAUGACGCUCUGGUGAUAACCGCGGAGGUCGCGGAUUUUGACGUGAAGAGGGUGUUUAUUGAUACCGGGAGUUCGGUGGAUGUCAUGUUCUAUGAUUGUUUCGUGCAGAUUAACAAGGAGCUGAAUGUGGAGCUGAAGCCGGUAGCCACGGCGCUGUAUGGCUUUAAUGGAGGAGAGGUUAUGCCAAUGGGGGAGGUCAGUUUGCCCGUGGCGCUGGGGUCAGGGGAGUUGAGGAAGGUGCGCAUGGUCAGAUUCGUGGUGGUAGGGGCUGAGUCAUCCUAUAACAUCAUCAUGGGGUGGACGAGCUUGAACGCAUUCCAGGCAGUCGUGUCCACGUACCACAUGACGAUUAAAUAUCCGGUGGGCGAAAACGUAGGGGAGAUUGCCGGGGAUCAGCUCACUUCGAGAAGCUGCUACCAAACAACAGUUAGCAAUAACAAACAAUUGGCAAUGAGACAGGUCGAGUCGAAGGGAGAGGAAAUCAAUCGACCAGGAGGAUCAAG